UGUAUGUUCGAAUUUGAGCUCGCAAGAGGCGGUGAAAUUGAUUGUUUUGAUAUCUAAUGCAGUCUGAAAUCAACCUUCCUGUAAAAUUUACAGCUUUUUUUGGCAGUUGCGUAGACGUAGUUUGACAGCGGUCCCAACGCUCGGGUGUUCUGUCCGGAUCAUCCCGAUGCGGCUUUGGUGGAGGACUACAGAGCUGGGGACAUGAUAUGUCCCCAGUGUGGUCUCGUCGUCGGAGACAGAAUCGUAGAUGUCGGCACAGAAUGGAGAGUGUUCCCCAACGAGAAAAGCAACAAUGACCCUGCCCGUGUGGGAGCGUCAGAGAACCCUCUGCUCAAUGGAAGUGACUUGGCCACCAUGAUCGGAAAGGGGACGGGAGAUGCCAGCUUUGAUGAGUCCGGCACAGCCAAGUAUCAGAAUAGGAAAACGAUGAGCAGUUCCGACAGAGCGCUUGUCAAUGCCUUCCGUGAGAUCAGCAACAUGGCGGACCGUAUCAACCUCACCAAGACGAUAGUUGACCGCUCCAACCUGCUGUUCAAGCAAGUACACGACGGAAAGACGCUGAAAGGCCGCAGUAACGACGCCAUUGCCUCCGCCUGCUUGUACAUCGCCUGCCGCCAAGAAGGGGUACCCAGGACGUUCAAAGGUGACUGCAUUUGCAACACAAAACACCCUGUGUUCCCCUCCAUUUCAGCUUCCUCAUUGUCCUUUUUGUCGGAUAUACGGUGCAGAAAUAUGCGCCGUGUCCAAGGUAUCCAAAAAGGAGAUCGGACGCUGCUUCAAGCUCAUUCUCAAGGCCCUCGAGACCAGCGUCGAUCUCAUCACGACGGGCGACUUCAUGUCUCGGUUUUGCUCCAAUCUGGGGCUGCCGUCGUCUGUUCAGAAAGCAGCAACGCACAUUGCUCGCAAGGCAGUCGAGUUGGACGUCGUCUCCGGGCGAAGCCCCAUCUCGGUGGCAGCCGCUGCUAUCUACAUGGCAUCGCAAGCAUCGGAGGACAAGAAGUCUCAGAAAGAGAUCGGGGACAUUGCCGGAGUGGCGGACGUCACCAUCCGGCAGUCGUACAAGCUCAUGUACCCACGCGCCGCCGAACUGUUCCCGGACGACUUCAAGUUCUUCACGCCCAUCGAGCAGCUGCCGCAGUCGUGAAAACGCCCCUCCCCACCUCCCUCCCCCCCUUCCUGUUUUUUACCACUCUGUCUGAGAGGCACACGGUUCGACUGGAUCAACAAUUAUGCGUUUUAAGGCCUAUGCAUGGAUGGUGUUCCAGAAAUUGCUGUUGCAGAUGAGAAAAAGGAAAAAGGAUGACCACCUUUUAAUUAAAAUGUGUGCCUCUACCAGCUGUGUUCAAGUUUGCAGCAUUGGUUCUGCAAUAGCGUUGCGUGCUGUGUUCUUUACCACGAGUGCUUAUCACCCUGCUCGGAGGACAGCGGGCGAGUUUGUAGGACAUGUCUGCUUCCAAGAAAGAUGUGUGCACAUAAAAUGUAAAAAAUGCCCUUGCCUCGAGCCAUAGAGGCGGCGACUUGCGUUACUGAAUAGCCACGUGUCUUCCGAACGCAGGACCCACUUGUCCUUUCUGCACAGCUUUUGCUACAUACUUUUUAUCUCUUGCAUUGGCACAGCAAGUAUUCCGUGCAUACUUCAAAACAAAUUGAUAAGUUGGAAGUGCCAACUGCAGAUUACCUUUCACGUGGAACCAAUAUGAACAGCCUGCCCUCUGACCGUGCGAUUUGUGCAACACCUUUUUGAAAUGCAUCGAAAAAAUCGGACAGAGACAGUUUCUAAAAAAAAAUUAAUCCUAAGCCAAACUGCAUGUUUUACUUUGUUGGAAAGCUUGCCAGUUUGUAGCCACUACCUCUUGAGUAGCUUGUUUUAUAACAGGAAACAUUAAUUUUGUUUUGUAUUUCGUUAGGAACUCUCAGCAGACAUUACUGUCAUGGGCGACUGUUCUAGUGUAAUGUCGGUACUUUUAAAGCAAUGGCUUUAUCUCUAGGUCCUACACAUAUCUUGCUUGCCCGUGUUGGUCGCACCAUAGCGAGGCAACGAGAGAGUUAGCGGUGGAGCGCAACUGUUGGUUUCGCAUCAUAGCACAUGCAGCCAGUGGUGUUGCGCCAUGCGGGCGUAAAAAGGAAAAGCAAUGUGCCCCCCACCCCCGCUACAUAGUAGGAACUGCAUAUAACCAUAAAAUUAAGAGCAGCCUCCCAUCCUACAAUAAGAGCCCAUCCCUCAAUUUUGUAACACUCCGACAAUACACAAAGGACAUAUAUUUACAUGUUGUUGACCUAAGAAGCGCCCUUCGCCCAGUUUUAUGCGACUAUCUCCAAACUUUGAGUGGGCUUGCUCAGGAUUUUACGAUAGUAUUAUUGCACCUUUGUUGCAUUUGACAUUAUGUCCAAGCCAGAUGAUUUUUUCGUGCUUAAACUGAGACGCCAUGGGCUUCUUUAAGAUGGGCAAACGACCCCCAGGAGAGAUAAACUGGUUGAUUGUUCAGUACACAGAAUGUGACAUGCCAACACAACAAAUUCAAGUAAUGGAAGUGUCCUCCUAUCGUAAAAUACCGGGCAAGCGCCCAUUCAAAAUUUAGAGAUAAUCGCGAAAAAAUGGGGCUGAUGGCCGCUUGUCCGGUCAUCAGUUUUACAUAUCAAUGUAAUGUGCAUAUUUUCUCAGAUUCUACAAAUUUGGGAAUGGGCGCUUAGUGCGGAAUGGGCAGAUGUGCAGUAUUUUAUGGUAUGCACUUCCUAUGCAGAAUGUCUGUGGUCUUUCGUCACUUCCAAUAUGGUGCAUUACUUCAGGAAUUUAAAAUGUGAGUGCUAGUCUGGGAAAUAAAGGAGAUGCUUCGGUGUCUGCAUGUGAAAAGAUGUAUGAAUUCCACCUCUGGAGAACAAUAAAAAAAUUGUGUGACAAA